UGAAACCAAAGAAGAAGAAAAGGCGACGUCAUCCUCGGGCCUAGUGACCCUUUGAUGGUCGGUUGCUAACGUUACGUUACCGCAAAAAGGAGUUUUCACUCGCUCGCGGUCGACGGUGAGCGUCAACUCCUCAAGCGGAACCGGGCCGGAAGUCAGCGGUGUCGACACAUCUGAUGACACAUGUACAAUAGUUGCACCGGCGCGCUGGCCAACGUCUGCAAACGUUAGCUCGCGAGCAUCAAGUGGGCAGUCGGUGCUACAAACAUUAACGGUAUCUCGCCGACGUGAGCCGCCCGCCGCAGUACCGUCGUUAUCGGCAUUGAACAUCGGAUGUGAAGGUACAUCCCGGGACCCUUGGGCACCUGCAUGGGGUGCUAGCUUCGGUCCGAAAGUCGUGACAGCAUGGCGGCCGCUGCAGCGCAGUGGGACGAGCACCAGGCGUACGAGGAGCUGCUGUACUGGGACAGCCUCAUUCAACAGGGCCACCGCCUCCUCCCGCACGACUUUGAUAGAUACGAGGAUCUGCGUUACUGGUAUGACUGCCUGUGCUACGAGGAGGAGCUGAGACAGUAUCAUGAUUACAUGGCUGUUAUCGAGGAUAUUGAGGACCAUCGGCACCAUGAGGAAGCUGCGGUCCCACAGGUGCGCGCGGGGCCACAUGAUCGUCACGUGAUGGCUAAACACUCUGAAGUGUAUCCUUCACCAGAGGAGCUGGAGGCGGUGCAGUCGAUUGUCUCCCGUGUGGAGUGUGCCCUCAAGACUGUGUCUGACCAGAUGGAUACUCCGAAAGAUAACAAACUAAAUACAGAGCCAGGGAGUGUUGAUUCACAAGAGCGUAUCCUGCGUGGGGUUAUGAGGGUCGGCCUGGUGGCCAAGGGACUGCUGCUGACGGGAGACAAGGACCUGGAGCUUGUGCUGCUUUGCUCCAAAAAGCCUACUAUCACUCUGCUCAAUAAAGUGGCUGAAAAAUUAACUGCACAGUUAGAGGCAAGUUCAGCUUGCACAUAUAAAGUAAGCCAGUGUCCAGAGGAUGCAGCACUUGUUGUGACGAGCACUAAGGAGUCAUCCCUGACUCUCACUAUCCACCUGACAUCACCUCUUGUCAGAACAAAGCAAGAGAGUAAAACUGCAGGAGAAGAAAAUGAAGAAGAAGAAGAAGAAGAAGAAGAAGAAGAAAAAGAAGAAGAAGAAGAAGCAACGCGAACAGUCAACGAUCCGCCGGACGUUCUGGACAGGCAGAAAUGCCUAACUGCAUUGGCAUCUCUCCGCCACGCCAAGUGGUUCCAGGCCAAAGUCAACAAACUGAGUUCUGCCGUCCUUGUCAUCCGGAUCAUGAGAGAUUUGUGUAACCGUGUUCCUACCUGGACUCCACUCUCAGGAUGGCCUCUUGAACUGCUGGUAGAGAAGGCUAUUGGUACGUCUGAGAGACCAAUGGGAGCAGGCGAGUCAUUGCGCAGGGUUUUGGAGAGCGUUGCAUCUGGAAUCCUCUUGCAAGAUGGCCCUGGAAUAAGAGAUCCAUGUGAGAAGGAAACCGUCGAUGCCACUGCAUAUCUGACUCUGCAGCAGCAGGAAGACAUCACACAGAGUGCUCAGUUUGCCUUGAGGCUGUGUGCAUUUGGACAAAUGCACAAAGUGUUAGGGAUGGACUACAAACCCAUAAAGCCACGUAAAUCAGCAGGACCCAGCAGCAGAGAAAGUACAGCCCAAAUACCACCUGCUGGACACUCCAGUCUGCCAUCUAAGAGACCUUACACAGAGAUGGAGAAGGAAGGGGAGGGGCCCCAACUCAACAGUAAACAGAGGAAGUUUCUCAAGUUCCAGAAGCGCUUUCAGAGGAAAUCAUUCACAGAUGAUUUUAGCAUGAAUGCCGUGAUGCGUCUGAACCAGUACAAACCCGGCCUGGAGUACCGACUUCUAUCUCAGACGGGUCCAGUCCAUGAGCCGGUCUUCACCAUGGCUGUGGACUUAAAUGGGAAGCCCUACGAAGCGACGGGGCCCUCCAAACGAGCUGCCAAACUUAAUGUAGCCACCAAGGUCUUGCAGGAUCUCGGUCUUCCAACAGGCUCAGAAUCUAAAGCAGAGUCUGCUGGUGAUGUUGAAGGAACCCAGGAGUUAGUCAAAGCUGCCAGCACAGCCUCUAGCACAUCAGAAGACAGCAGUCAGGGUCCUAUCUUGACCAAAAAGGGCAAAAACCCUGUGAUGGAGCUGAAUGAGAAGCGUCGCAGCCUGAAGUACGAACUAUCUGCCGAGACGGGGGGCUCCCAUGAAAAGUGUUUUGUCAUGGAGGUGGAGGUUGAUGGGCAGAAGUUUAAAGGGAGAGGCUCUAAUAAGAAGGAAGCAAAGGCCUACGCUGCCCUCACUGCUCUGGAGAAGCUGUUCCCAGAAGACGACAUGAACAGAAAUUCUGCAAAGAAGAAGGUCACUUACACUGACAUGGUAAUCCAUCUAGUUAAUCACAUCCCAGGGUUCGGCACUAUCCGUGGCAUUCCUUCAGACUCCGGGACACGCGGCUGGGGUCCCAACAGAGGUCGAGGCAGGGGCCGAGGCAAACCAUUUCUACCAGGACCCAGCUACAACCAGACCAACUACAGUUAUGAGGGCAACACUGGCCCAGGUUAUUAUCAACUCUAUGGUAAUAAUGCAGCAAGCACCACAGCCAAAGGCACUGGAUCAGGCAGCAACGUUGGCUACGGGACCUUUUACCCCGAGGGCGGCAACACCUAUGCCUCCCCACCCGCCGCCAGCUCCGACCCCAGCACCCCACAGGCGGAAAGCUACCAGUCAAUGCCUCCUCCUGCGGACCAGGAGAGCCCCUACAGCUACGGUUACGGAGAUGAGAAGAAGAAGAUGCUGACCCAAAGUCAGAAUGAGGGCCAGGGAGGAGACUACUCGAUGUACAGCACAGCUUACCCUAGCUCGGUGACGGGGGGACAAGUGUAUAAUAACUAUGGCUGGGGAAACCAGUCCUCUGGGAAUGAGUCGGGGUAUGGUAUGUACCAGGGUUUUGGAGGAGAAAACCAGGGCUCAUGCUCUGGAUACAGCGACAUAAAUUACUGAUCAUCGCAUUGUGUUCAGCCUUUAUCACCGCACUAUGCCAUUUUUGUGUUUUGAGCUCACUACUUUGACAUCUGGUGAAAAAGGUUGUAGCUUACAGAUGCAGGCUUAUCUUUUGAUUAAAAGGUAUCAAUUUUCUUCCUGAACAUCCCUGAUCGUGUCUGUUGACAUGAGUGUAAAAAAACAUACUGUCUUGUUGCUAGGGUUAUUGUGUUUUUUAAUUUAGUGUUCUGUAUCAGUAGGUUCUGGCUUUUAUUUCUGCUUGUAUCUGUGUCUUAUAAAAUGCUCACAUCUUUCUUGUAAAAUAAAUGACUUUUUUUGGAGCAAAAUUUCUUAGCAUGCGUAUGCUAAUUCGUGCACAAAUGCAAAGUUGCUCAAAUUUAGAUCUUACCUUUUUUAGCUACUGUGAGUGAUGGCGCUUUGUUAUUGAAUGUCACAGUUGUUAUCAAACUGUUUGUUUGAUUAAGAAUCAUGUCUUCAAAGCUGUGAAAAACUUCCUUCAGCUUCCCCUAAAAAUGCCAAAGAUAUUCCUCACAACAGAGUGCUGUGAAUGGCUUCUGCAGCACAUGUGGACGCUCCACAGUAUCAGCCGGUCUAGCAUGCGUGGUCUAUAUGUACAACAGUGCGGCAGAUUGUGGCCUCAUUGACCCCUUGGAGGAAAUUAGGUUACAUAGAUGGGUUCCUCUGGGAGGUGCACAAACGGAUAAAUGUAAAUGGGCAAUACACUUAAGGUUUAGUUUUUAGAAUCUAUAUAAAUGUAUACUGCCAGUGUUUUCAGCAGGAAGUAAUAUACAGUGUUAUAUAUUAUAUACAUGCAUACUAUAAACAAAUUAUUAUUGCUCGAAUGUGGAGUACUUCACACAGUCUCCCAUAGAGAUUAUGAAACUGAUGUUAAGAUAUAAUAUUCAGAAUUGAAUUAAAAACACUGGAUCCUACAUUCACCGUGAUGCCACUAUCCUGCAGCUUGUAUGAGACCUUCCUGCCCCAGGGUGCAUUCUCACCAAAUCAAGUGUUGCAGCAAAAAAGCCGGACCUCCCAGAUCCAUUCAAAUGUGGAUAAUGCAUUGAUUUAACCUGGUUAAGUUAAGGUGGGGAUUGGAGGGGGUGCUGAAAAAACUCUUAUCACGUAACCGACGACCAAGAGUUGGGCAACGCAACCAUGAAGCAAUAAACAACGUUAAUCGUGCUGCGUUUGUUUGGUGUUUAUGGGAUGUUAAGUGACUCUCACCCCUCAAUUGUACCAAGUAAUACUCCUGACAAGUCAACUCAACCAUGACCUUUGUGUAAAAACUAAUAAAAAUGCAGUGCCCCUGUAAUGAAGACCCUCCAUUACAAACAUUAGUAUACAGCUUCAAGAAACGAGAUCAAAGGGUUAAUGAUUUAUUUGAAAGUCUUAAUGAUUGGUUCUGGUUUGGCUGAUCUUUACUCAAAUGAUUGAGAGUAUAAACUGUUUCUUCAUGCAGUCAAAUAAGAUGCAAUGUGUACUGUGUUCAGGUCACUCAGCGUUGUUGUGUUGCGUUUAAAACAGUCCCUGGUGUGCCUGAGCACCAAUUUAUGGUUCCGGAAGAUACCAUGUGAUAAUUAGUAGAGGGGUGUUUAUAAAGUUGAAUUCCCCAUUCAGGCUUUAUAUGAUCUCUAUGGUGACAUCAUGAGAUCAUGCAGAUUAUUGACAUUGGGGGAUACGAAUAUAUGUAAAUGUAUUUAUUGUGGUACAGGUAAAUGUGUUGGGGCAGAGUUACCUGUACUGUGGUGGGGUUGAGGUCCUCAUCAGUAGCAGGCUAUAUAAAGCUGCCACAUGCAACAGAGCGGGGUCGUCGCUGCUGGGACCACAUGCUGCCCUUGGCACACAAUGACUCAUGUUUGACUUAAGUGUUGGUGAAAUAAACACCUGGUUGGCCUCCACGUAACCUCUGUCGAGCUUCCUGCUUCCAGAAUGAAUCCAGCUGCUAUGUGGCCUAACAGCCCCUCUAAUCAGGCCUUGUGUGAGCAGCACAACACGCUUUGAAGCUGCUGUCAUCGGCAUCUUGCAUGCUCGUUGCUCUUCACCUGGCCAUGUAAAAAUGUGUUUUCUAUUGAUGGCUUGAGUUAGGACUGCAAAAGGUUAAUUCACUGCCAAUGGCUGCUAGCUGUUCAGCAGAUAAUGGGCUCAAAAGUUUGAACAGAGCAGUGAGUCCUGUUUUCAUUUAAAAUUCCCAAAUUAUCUAAAAAGAUGCAAACUGCAAAAAAGGGAAGAAGGAAAACAGUGAUUAACACUGAAGUGGAGUCUGGACAUCAGCUAUAAUAACCAUUGUGGAUCACAUGCCGCCCAGAUGACCCUGCCCUGCCAAGACUGAGUCAGGGUGUGAGCAAUGAUCAUGUCCCUGCAGCGUGUCCCUCCAGGAAUCCUGAUAAAAGGCAGGCAGGAGGAGCGCUGCGAGGACGGAGUGUCCCGUCAGGUCAUCCUGAGCUCACCUCACCAGUUAUCAGCUGUAAGUUUUGUUUUAUCUUUGGCUCUCUGACAUUCUUAUCUCUGCACACUGACACCUACUCUAUAACAGUUGUUUUUCUAGUCAACCAUUACAUGUUAUUUAGCUGACGCUUUUAUCUAAAGCAAAUCGAGAAAGUACCAGCUUUGUUUUCUUUUUAAUGAGAGGAAUGAGACAUUGCUUUACCUUUUUAACUCUGUUAAAGCUGAUGGCCAUUUGAUCUGUGAACACAGUUUCUUCUUAAAAGGAGGCAGAGAU